AUGAAUAAGGAGAAUGAUUCUAAAAAGAUCGACUUUGAAGAGGCUUUAAAUGAGACAGAUUUCGGCAAAUACAAUAUUUGCCUCUUAGCGACAUGUUGUCUGCUGAUUCUAUCAAUGUAUAUAGAUAUUUUUGGCUUUUCCAUUGUUCUACCUAUUGUGGCUUGCGAUAUGGCACUCUCUACCUCAGAGCAGGGGCUUUUAUCAGCAAUUCCUUUAAUUGGUGUCAUGGUAUCAUCCUAUGGCUGGGGUCUCUGUGCUGAUACAAUAGGUCGCCGGAAGACUUUACUUAUGGCCAUGCCAAUCAGUAUAGUUUGGAGCCUGGCAGCGAGUUUAGCACCUACAUUUACUUGGCUAGCAGUAUUGAAGUUCUUGUCUGCUGCUUUUUCGUCUUCCGCCAAUGCUGCAGCCUUUGUUCUGCUGGGAGAAUGCACUUCAUCGCGAUAUAGAAGCAAGUUUAUGUUUCUGAUGGCUAGCGCUACUAUGUACGUUCAGCUGAUUAUCAGUGUUGUGGCCCUACCAAUUCUUCAGCUCACAUUUAAUGUAGAUUUGCCGCUGAUAAAACUACAAUACCGACCCUGGAGGUUGCUCCUGCAACUGAUAACCUUGCCAGGGUUGCUUGGAACCAUUGGUAUUGUGUUUCUACAUGAAAGUCCUAAGUUCCUGCUCAGUAUUGGUAGAGAAAAAGACGCAAUAAAUAUUUUGAAAAUCAUGCAUGGCUGGAAUACGUCAUUGAAAAAAGAAUUCACAAUUUCAACAAUUCAACUCGAAGAAUCCACUAGUUUACAAACGAAUACAUCACUAGUUACAAAAAUUUGGAAUCAAACGGCGCCUUUGUUUAAACCACCACUCUUGAAGAAUUCUUUAAUACUUUAUUAUAUUUUACUCUGCGCUUACAUGACGUCCACUGGAUUCACAAUGUGGGUACCUACAAUGACUAACGCAUACUUUAAUGGAGAUGAUAACAGUGGAAAGACCUUCUGUGAAGUCGCAAGUACAGCUGCCAAGAACGAGACCACAGACUGUGAGAACACAAUACAAACCAUGACUCUUUACGCAGUCAUGUGCUAUUCGGGAUUAUCUGGGUCCCUGAAUUUAUGUUUGACCUUCUUGGUGGGUCCACUCGGUAAAAAAAGAACAAUAAUAUUGGUCUUUGUUAUUGCAAUUGUUGCGGGAUUGUUAAUACUAUUUGUGAAGCAUCCGAUAGCCAGUAUUGGAUUAUUUUUUGUAUUUCUGUAUGUUGCUUUGAUACUGGGCAAUGUAAAUACGUAUUUAGUAGAACUGAAUCCUACGCAUUUAAGAGGAAUGGCGACUUGUUUAUCAGUAGUAGUGGCACGAGGAUUUGGUUUCUUCAGUGUUCAGCUGAUAGCAACACUUUUAGCUGAACAAUGUACACCAAUGCUUGUAGGAUACAUCGUCCUCGUUAUAAGUGGACUGUUAGUGGCAACUUUAUUACCAAUAGAUACGGAACCGCGGUAG